UACCGGUCCCGACAUUACUCGGCAAGUAGUCUCGUGGAACGCCGAUUGAUCCAAGAUGAUCGUCACUGGCAACCCCGUCUGCGCCAUAGCGUUGCUACUCUGCUUGGUGUUUCGCGCUUCCGGCGAAUACGAAUUGGAGAUGUCGAGCGGUGGGUCGAACGAUGGAAGAUCGCCGAGCAACGAUUUCGGCUCGUGCACCGAUGGAAAGUGCACCAAACGCACCACCACCACGCAGGAAAGCGGCAUAUCGAGCGGCAUGUGGUUCGGUCCGCGAUUGGGAAAACGGCACAAGUCUAACGAAAAGCAGCAGAUUAAUCCCGAGAUCGAAAUGUUAGUGAAUGCCCUGGACCAACCUGGAAUGCGUUGGACCGUCAUCACGAUUCCAGCUAACGAAAAGAGACAACCGACGCAAUUUACACCGCGCUUGGGACGAGGAUCGGAGGAGAAAUUCAUUUACAGCGAUGCGACAGAUAGGAAUGAGAUCGAUGAGGAUGAUCCUCUGUUCACGCCGCGUUUAGGGCGUCGGGUUCCCUGGAUACCGUCGCCGAGACUCGGACGUCAAUCGCGCAGCGUAUCGCGAAAGAUAUAGGUAACAUUGUGACGAAUGCCAAAUUAUGAAAGAUUGCGAGCAAAGGAUGAUUUCUUAAUAAACCUACGCAAUUGUGAGGAUUUUGAUGGAGCGAUAAACAAAAUUAUAGCGCUAUUAAGAUAUAAAGAAAUAAAA